ACCAAACCAUAGAGGGGAAACAAUUGGAAAACUUAUUGAAACAUGUUUGCUUGAUUGGGGAAUAGAAUGUGUGUCCACAAUUACGAUUCUUAAUGCAAGUGCAAAUGAUGGGGCUAUUAUGUAUAGGAAAAAGGUAUUAAAGAAUUGGAAGGUUGAUGGGAUGGUCUUAGGUGGUUGGCUUAUGCAUAUAAGGUGUUGUGCACAUAUAAUGAAUUUAAUUGUAAAUGAUGGGUUGAAAGAGUUUCACAUGGCAAUAGCAACUAUUGGAAAUGUGGUGAAGUAUUUUCGAUCAUCACCUUCGAGAUUAGCAAAAUUCAAGAUUUGUGUAGAAAGGGAGAAAAUUGAAUGCAUAAAAUUGGCUAUGUUAGAUGUACCUACAAGGUGGAAUGCAACAUACUUGAUGUUGGAUAGUGUGUUUAAGUUUGAGAAAGCAUUUGAUCGUAUGGCAGAUGUAGAUGGUUUUUAUUGCAAAUAUUUUGAUAAGCGUGAGAAUGGAAAGGAAAGAGAAGGUCCACCUACAAGCGAUGAUUGGGAAAAAGGUCGGAAGUUUGUUAAGUUUUUGAAAACCUUUUAUGAAAUUACUUUAAAGUUUAGUGCAUCUUUGAGUGUCACCUCGAAUUUAUACUUUAAAGAAGUUUGUAAUAUUCAACAAGUGUUGAAAUCGUUGAGUGAUAGGCAAGAUCCUUUAUUAAGUGAUAUGGCAAUAAACAUGAAGAGUAAAUUUGAUAAGUAUUGGGGCAGUGUCGAGAAAAUGAACAAAAUAUUGAUAAUAGCUAUUGUGCUCGAUCCUCGAUACAUGUUGGAGUUUGUCGGCUAUUGUAUUGGUCGCUUGUAUGAUAAUAACUUGGUUGAAACAACAAAAGAUGAAAUCAAGAGUUUAUUAUAUGAGUUGUAUAAUCAGUAUAAGGGAUGGAAUAGUGCAUCCAAUGAUGAAUGUGGUGGUAAUUGUGAUUUUAACAUUUUAAUGGAGGUUUCUACAGAUGAUGAUUGGGAUGAGUCCAAUAAUUUUGAUUUUGGGUACAAAAAUUUAAAAAGUAACAAUAAUGAUUUGCUAGGAAAAGAUGAGAUUCAGAGAUACCUAAUGGAAUCCAUUGAAGACUCUACUAAUCACAGAUUUGAUAUUUUGACUUGGUGGAAGUUAAAUUGUCCAAGAUAUGCAAUUUUGUCCGAGAUUGCAAGGGAUGUCCUUGCAAUUCCAGUUUCUACAGUUGCUUCAAAGUCAGCGUUUAGUACUGAAGGGCAUGUUUUUUAUUCAUUUAGGAGUUCUUUAACACCUAAAACAGUCGAAGCUUUAAUUUGUACACAAAACUGGCUACGUUCUACACUUCUGGGAGACCGAUUAUAUGGAGUGAGUAUUGAAGAGACAGAGUUUCAUGAAGAAUUGGUCCAAUUGGAAACUAAGCUUGUUGGGAAUUGUACCCACAAAAAGAAUUAUUCAAACUCAACAGUUGUGGAACUUGACUAAUGAUCUAAUUAAUCAAUGCAAGGGGGUGGACUCACUCUUUAGAAGGAUUGGUGGAGAUACUUUGAGAAGACAUUGAAGAGUUCUUAAGUUUAAUUUUGUUAUGGUAGAAUGUUAAUUUUAUUGAAAUAUGAGAUUUAGACAUUUAAUUGUUAACUUAUUGCUUUGAAUUUAGACUUCAAGUUGCAUUGUUCACUUGGAAAUUUGCAAUUUGAAAGCAAAUUUAGUGAGAAUUUGCAACUUCAAAGUAGAGUUAAUUGGAAUUCUUGAUUAAUAGCGAGUUUGUUUAAUGGUCAAAGUUCUAUUAAUGAUGUGUAGAACUAUCUUUUUGAUAAUGUUAAUAAAUGUGUCUUAAACCA